CAACGACGAUCAUCAGACUUCCUCCCUCUCUUUUCUCCUUGGUUUCCUCCUUGAAGCUGCGGCCUCCUAUUAUUGUGCUCGCUGGAAAAUAGAGGCCGGAGAAGCCCUUGGAGCUCAGAUGGAGUUGCUAGCGCCAGAUCAAAUAUCCGAGGAAGAAACGAAGAUGGAAGCAGAAUGGCAGUCCUAUUCUCGCUAUUGGCCUCCUCCAUACCCUCCUGGAGUCAGGUUUACACCCACAGAUGAAGAGCUAGUAAAGUACUAUCUCACCCCUAAGGUCCGUCGUCAAAAGCUUCCAUACGAUUCUUUCGUUGAAGAUGAUUUAUAUCAGUACCAUCCUCAGGAACUUGCAGAAAAGUACAAUGCAAGUAUGGAGGAGGAGGGCAAUUGGUAUAUUUUCACUCAAAGAAUUCGUAAAUAUGCCAAUGGAGGUAGACCAAAUCGCUCUGCAGGACUGGGGUACUGGAAGGCCACCAGUUCGGAUCAGAAAAUUCUAGAUCGUGAGGGCAAGAAGAUCGGCUACAAGAAAUCUCUUGUAUAUCAUGAGGGGAAACAACCAUAUGGAGAGAAAACAGGAUGGGUCAUGCAGGAAUAUAAGAUAGAUGAAUCUCAGAAACCUAUCAAAGCCAAAUCCAUGGUGGUGAGCUAGCUUACUUUUUAAUCUAUUUUUUAUUUUCUUUACUUUUUUUUAUUAUGCAGUCAUUUUAUUUCUUCUGAAAAUAUUUGAAAGCAACUCAUUUAGCUCUCCAAGUACAAAAAAUACCUUCAUACUCCAUGCUGGUGUGCUAACAAUGAUAAUCAUUUAGAUACUUCUUUAUUGAAAUUAUCACAAUAUUCUAUGCGCUCAUGACAUCCUUAUUUAUGUUUGAGUAUUACAGAAUUUGCUCCUAUUUUAUGUAAUUUGCUUGAUGUAAACUUUGGUUUAAAAAA